AUGUCAGAACCCAACGCACCAACCAGUGCCAAACCAGAUGGUCAGGCUCCGCGAAACAAUGAGAAAGAGGUCACGGACCCCGUCACCCAUCUUCCAUUAACCAUCCACGAUGCAGAUACAGUCGAGCUCGAGCGAAUCCCUCCUCCCCCUACGGCAACAGAAGAAAAACGCAUAAGAGAGGAAAGGGGAGCGGAUAGCCAAGAGGAGACGAAUGCGCGACAUUCUGAUAUGGAGCGCGUUGUGGACGAAGUAGUCCAUCAGGCCUGGUGGGAAGACCCUAUAGGAGACACACGCAGAGCCAGGAUCCAGACGAGUGCUGUUGCGGCAGUAGCUGCGUCCUUGGGUGCAUUUUCAAUGUUGAUAUUGUGGUCUGUUUUUGCACGGGUACUUGGUAGGAAACAGUCUGGAAGUGGUCUGGGAUGGAUGGGAUUUUUCCUUGCCCCCUUCGUAUGCUGCUUUCUGGGCCUUGGGGUUGGGGCUGCUGGCUUAGCACUCGGGAUAUAUCAGAAACCGCCUGACCUUCCUGUUGAACAGCAACAGCAACGGAACACAGACCACGAACAACGAGAAAAGACUUUGAAUAAAGAUGAAUCAUCACCGGAAUCUGCUGAAUGGUUGAACGCGUUUUUGAACUCACUGUGGCCUGUCGUCAAUCCAUCCCUAUUUACCGCACUCUCGGACAUGCUCGAAGAUGCAAUGCAAGCCACUCUCCCCAAGAUGGUAAAUGGUGUGCGUGUAGCCGACAUUGGACAAGGAUCUGAAGCAGUGCGCAUACUUGGUGUUCGGUGGCUGGACGCCGGAUCCGCUGCUAAGGAUGUAGAUGGGAUGAAGGCCGAAGAAGGAGAUUUCGUUAAUAUGGAAGUUGCACUGGCUUAUCGUGCGAAGGAGACCACGGCGAAAGGCAUUCGCAGUCGCUCCGCCAACGCACAUCUUCUGAUGGAGUUCUUCGUUUCCGGAGGUAUAGUGGUUCCUGUGUGGGUGGACCUCACGGGUUUUCUUGCGACAGCACGUAUACGUUUCCAGCUUACCCCCAACCCUCCUUUUUUAUCACUCAUGACUACCACGUUGCUCGGACUUCCAAAAGUCACAUUGAAAUGCACACCGCUCGCCAAAAACUUUUUGAAUGUCAUGGACGUGCCUGGUCUGUCUAGUUGGCUGCAGAAAAGUAUCAAUAUGGCGGUGGAGGAGUAUGUUUCGCCCAGGAGCUUAACAAUGGACUUGAAGACUUUGUUAAUGGGACGUGAAAAGAUGGAUACAGAGGCCGUUGGUGUAGUUAUCGUGACUAUAAAACGUGCAGAGGAAUUCAAAGCCGGGGAUGGAGGCAAGGUGUUCAAGACGCGAGAUGGGCAAAAGGGAGACGCAUAUGUUACGAUUGGAUGGAGCAAAUGGGGAAAGCCACUGUGGUCAACACGCAUCAUAUCAGGCGAAGGACCAGUCUGGGAAGAGACUACGGCCUUGUUGGUUGGUCCAUCUGAGCUAAACGCUCAGGAGGCUCUUCAACUACAACUAUGGGAUGCAGAUCGUUUCACCGCCGAUGAUUUGCUGGGAAAUGUUGAAUUGGACCUGAAGGACAUCAUGACGAAUGAACAAUCGCAUAACCGCAUGUCAACACGAUGCGACGGACUCACAAGCGAAAAGGGCGACCCAUGGCCUGGAAAAAUUCACUGGGAGUGCGGCUACUUCGCAAAGACCAGCUUUGAUCAACACCUUGCACACAAACAUCGAGAUGCUGAAAAGAUUCGAUCGAAGAUCGAGCAAGAGGCGGAGGAAAAGUUGCGUGAAGCGAAGGCUCGCGAUGAUCACGAAGAGGAUGGCGAAGUUCAACAACAGAAGAAGGAGGAUAUGAAAGAGAAGAGUGACGAAAUUAUUGCUGGAUCAAAACCCACAGCGGAAUGGCCUAGUGGGAUUUUGUCGAUCAGGAUUGAGCAGAUCAGCAGUCUCGAAAUCGAGAAGAUUCAGGAUAGUGGUGUACGAGAGGAUGCGGAAGAUGGUGACCAGGACGAUCUGCCGAGUCCUUAUUGCACAAUCAUCAUUAAUCAACAAAGGGUAUAUAAAACUAGGACGAAGAUGAAGAGCAAUAAUCCAUUCUACGAUGCAGGCACGGAAAAAUUUAUACGUGACUGGACCACUACCGACGUUAUCAUUUCCGUUCGAGAUUCACGAAUCCACGAAGCUGAUCCGGUCAUUGGCAUCGUCGUACUUCCACUGCGAGAUGUGUUUAAGCACAAUUCUUUGUUCACGGACUCUCUACCCCUCGUGGGAGGGAUAGGUUAUGGGAGAAUGAAGUUAUCUCUUAUCUUCCGGUCUGUGCAACUGAUACUUCCCAAGCGACUUCGAGGUUGGGAUGUUGGUACUCUUGAAAUUUCUUCGAAUGUCAAACCUUCGUUCAACUUGCCUCCGGAUUAUCAAUCAUGCAGGCUGGUGUUCCACACUGUUUAUGGGAAAGGAAAGAUGGUACCCAGUCGAGACGGAGGCUGGGUUCAAAAGCACGGUCGCCCUGUAAGGCUGGCUGUCAAGAAACGAUUUGCUUCGUGCCUUCUUAUCCAGUUGCGUAAGCGCCUUGUCGGGCCAGAUGGAACGCCUGCUUUUUGCACGUUAUGGUUGAAGGAUAUCCCCGACGACGAGGAGGUCGACUUGGAGCUCCCUGUACGCAAAAACGAGAAAGGAGAGAGCAUCAUGGAACAGUCUCGAGCCAACGCGUCGACGGACAUUGGAGACCAAAUUGGGACACUCAAGCUUAAAGUACGUUUCUGGUUAGGAUUGAGUGGGUACCAUAAGUAUACGGCCGACCACGACAAGAACAUGGCCGAUGUCAUGGAGGUCCUUGACUAUGCUGAAGGAGAACAAGAUGCUAGUAAACAUCUUUUGGAAGACGAGCACGAGCAUGAAUCUGAUACGUCGUCUUUAACUUCUUCUGACGGCGAAGAUGAUGUCGGGGAAUCUUCGACCGCGGCCAUUCCAGGAGGUCUGGCGAAGAAAGACGGCAUUGUGGGCCAGUUCAACGAUUUCAGGAAGAGAAAGGGCGAGCUGCACAGGAAACAUCGAGGCUUGAUGCAAUGGAAGGCAAUGCGUAAUGUUGCUUGGGUUGGAAGAGGGGUGGAAAACCAAGCUGGAAAACUCACCGAUAAAGUGAAAUCGACAUUUACUCACCAUGAUCGGGAGACGGGCAUCGAGAAAGAAGUUUAG